AUGUCGGGUCCAUGCAGUGAGAUGGACAGGGCUCAUAGAGCUCGUGGCGCGAGAGGGCGCAGUGCUAGAUGCCGUGGUGGCAGAGCGAGAGGGCGUGGAGGCCGGGGCCGAGGUCGUGGUGUUCCGGCGGAUUCGGGAGAGAGUGUGGCGCCUAGUGGGGCGACUGCGUCGGUGAACCAGUCAGUAUCCAUGGCGGGUGAGCCCAGUGGGGAUGCUAGUGUUGGUUUGGGAGCGGGGGCUGCUCCGGGUGGGGGUGGCGCUCCGGCUCCGGGUCGUGAUGGUUGCUGA